UUUAUCAACUAGUUUCGCAAACCACGCAUAUCUUUAAGCUGACGGAGGCACUUCAGCGAGUCUGAACGAGCCCUGCAGACUGACACCAACAUGAGUAAAACAUUUCUCCACUUUGACAGCGAAGAAACACGUCACCACGCGCUCCAGAGCGCCGGUGUGCCCGUCUCCAGCGCGGACCUCCAGCUUAAACUGACGGAAAACAAGAGCGGCCUGGGGAUGGAGAACGGCACUGGGAAGAAACUCAUAGAGAUAACUGGACCGGCUUUAUCCAAAAGAAAACUUCUGGUCGGCUUAGACCUGCUCUGCCUCUUUCUUGCUUCCAUCCCUUUAUUUGCAUGUGAGCUAAAGGCACUGAGUCCUUACAGAAGAGGCUUCAUUUGUGGGGAUCCCAGCAUCACGUAUCCUUACCUGCACAGAGAAGCCAUACCAGAUGAAUUACUCAUCACAGGUGGCAUCAUCAUCACCGGCCUCACUAUCGCCCUCGGCGAGUGUUAUCGGGUGCGUUUCCACGGUGUCAGCUCGAAGGCCUUUGUGAGGAACGUAUAUGUUUCGUGCCUGUACAAGGAGCUGGGGUGCUUCCUGUUUGGAUGUUGUGUUGGCCAAUCACUGACCAACAUGGCCAAGCUCAGCGUGGGACGGCUGCGACCGCACUUCCUGUCAGUGUGCGGCAUUACCUAUGCAUCACUCAACUGCACACCUGGGACCUACAUUGAAACAGUGACUUGUCGCCAGCCUGACCACCAGUUAGAGGAGGAAGCCAGGAAGUCCUUUUUCUCGGGCCAUGCUUCUUUUGCAAUGUUCACAAUGCUCUACUUAGCUUUUUACCUGCAGGCACGGCUGACGUGGCGUGGAGCUCGGCUGCUGAGACCCAUGCUGCAGUUUUUCUUGAUUAUGCUGGCAAUCUACACAGGCCUGACCCGUAUCUCAGACUACAGGCACCACCCGUCUGAUGUAUUAACAGGCUACAUACAGGGAGCUCUCACUGCCUACUGGGUGGCCUUCCACAUCUCGGCUAUGUUUAAAAGCUCCAGUUCAGAUCUCUCUCCGACCGAGACCCCUGACAGCCCCCUGUCACCCCACCAUACUGUUUGCUAAACCUCAUUCCCACUUACCGCUGCAUCUGCCUGCAUCCACCUGCAUCCACCUGCUGCCUGAAGACUGAUUUGGACAGACAAGAGAUCUGAAGAAUGCAAGACCAUUUCCUGUGAAAUCAAACUACAAACCUCAGUAUUUUGACAGAGUGAGGGGAGAAAAGGAAAGCAGACCUUAUGAAAUACUGUCAAAGCAAGCAGUCAACAUUUUGUCCUUGAAACUGACAUUAGCUUCACAUGUAACACUUACCUGUGAGAUGAGACUACAAACAAGACUGAACGCAGAAUCACUAUCACUCCACAUAUCACUUGUAAAUAUAUAGUUUUUUUUUACAAUUCAAAAACUGUAAAAGCACUUUUUUAUGUCCAUGAUAGUGUUAAUAAUUAGCACUCUACAAUGACUUAGUAUGUAGCAUGUAAAAUAUUUCAUACAAAAGUUAAUUAUUUUGUGUAGUUUAUUUAUCCACCCACUGAAUGUUGUUGAAGGAAAGCACAAAUAGCAAAAAAGCAAUUCAUUUAAAAGGUUUGCAUCGGGUGUUUUCAUUGGAUGCAUCCGUCCAUCUCUGUGUUAUGUAAGUGAGAGGACUCCUAACAGGAUCUUUGUUUAUGGAAGAGGAUGGAUGCCACUAGUUCUCAGACAUUAUGAAGUUAUGCAUGCUUGUAGAUAACAGAUCAUUAAAAAUAAAAGUUUUUUUUUAGUUGUUUAAA